AUGGGGUCAAGCUCAACUCUGCAAUCGUGCAUGGAGGCAGUUGUGAAAGCAUUGUGUAAAAAGGGAGAAGAGAGUGAUUUCAAUGAAUUGCAAAAGAAGGGGGGGAACAAUAACAUUAUUGGCGACGGGUGGAGUUUGAUACAACAUGACCUUUGUAACCCGAAAAAAGAUGAUAAUUACGAAAAACAAGUGUACGUUCACCCUCUGGUGAAGCGCAGGUCUAACACCCUUAGCAUUAAAAGCUUGGAGAUGUGUACUGAGAGCUUAGGGAGUGAAACAGGCAGUGAUCAUAUUAGCGAAAGUAGCGAGAAUAAUAAUUAUUCACGACCAUCAAAAUGUGGGAAAAAACAUACUACUAGUACUAACAAAACACUAGUAGCUCAUUUUCCUCCUCCUCUCACUUCAAUUAAUAAUGGUCUUCAACUAAGGCCUCAUCGCGAAGGUGAUCGUUUAAUCUUGAAAGCCACCACUAUCACUCCCCCCAAGUCUUGCUUCAAAGCAGAACGCCUCGAUGGCAGACUUACGCUUUCUUUCUGGAACAACGUUGAUGAAAGUGAUAGUAGAAAAUUACUAGGUGAAAAUGGAUACAUAAGACCAAGGAAGUGCAAGAGUAGGAUCAAAGGGAUACCAACUUGGGAGACAUUUUGGGUCUCCAUUUCCUAA